AUGCUGCUCAAAAUCUGUUUACUAGCCGCCCUCCUCGAACUCGUCGCCGCCGACUGCGAUGCUACUACCCAAGCAGCUAUUGUCCAAUGUUACACGCCCUAUCUACAGUACUACGGACUAGCUCCGAGCAACGGAAUUCUGCCCGGUUACCUCGGAGUCGCCGGCGCCAUCGAAACUAAACUGGACCAACUAGGACAGAAGGCCGCCCAGGAUUUAUGCGAUCACACCACCGUCCUCGGCUCGUGCUUGAACGCGACGAUGAUCAACUCCUUUGAUGUGGAUUGCUACAACCAUAUUGUCAUCGGAAGUAACAGGUCCGAGUCGUCGCUCUAUAUCGAGGAGCAAGCGAUUCAUGACUAUGAAUGUGGAGCCGGGCUGCAGGUUUACCUUGCCGAAUUCUACUGUGUACGCGCAGCCCGAAACAACAAUCAGCCUGCCAUCCAGCAAUGUGACACCAAUCUCAACAACGAUCUGGCGAAUGGCAUCGAGUUCUGCAAAGCUUACGACAAGUACAUCUCGUGCAAUUCGGCCAUCUACGCCAAGGCGUGCGACUACAAUGCGGGUGUGCUGAUGUGCAACAUAUUCCAGCAUGGAAUGGACAGCGUCGUCGGCUACUGCGACCAGGGCGGCAAGCUGACAGCAAGUGUUGCUUUCUUAGCGCUCCUCCAACUUGUUGCGGCUGAUUGCGAUGCCAACACCCAGGCUGCCAUCGUUCAAUGCUACACGCCAUUCCUACAGUACUAUGGGUUGAGUCCGAGCAACGGUGUCCUACCUCCUUAUAUGGAUAUGGCAACGGCCAUGUCAAACAAGUUCGAUCAACAGGGAAAGCAGGCGGCCGCGGAUAUGUGCGCACACACCCAGGUGUUGAAUACCUGCCUGAACUCCACGAUGUACCCGAUCGAUUCGGCUUGCUACAACCAUAUUGUGGUUGGGCAAAACACUUCUGAGUCUUAUCUCUACAUGGAGGACGCGGCGAUUCAUGAUUACGAAUGCGGAGCCGGUGCGCAAGUUUUCUUUGCCGAGUUCUACUGCUCUCGCGCUGCUCAAAUCAACAAUGCUGAUAAGAUUCAGCAAUGUCAGACAGAUUUGAACAAUGACAUCAAUAACGGGAUGGCUGUUUGCAAGGCCUACGACAAGUACAUCUCCUGCAACUCGGUCAUCUACGCCAAGGCGUGCGACUUCAAUGCCGGAGUCUUGAUCUGCAACCUGUUCACGAUAUCUUUGGACAGCGUCUACAAUUACUGCGACAACAACGGCCAGCUGACGCCGUGCCCCAACUAUCGAGUCAACCCGAAAUUUUUGAUUCGGCCGAUUGUGUUU